UGAUGCUCCUCGGCACCGUGAGCGCAGCGUCCACCGUGUGACCGGGAACCAUGGCUCUCCUGGUCGUCCCGCUGCUCCUGCACGCGGGGCUCGUGCUGGGAUCGAACUACGGCUACGUGGAGUGGUCGGACAGUGACCGGGAAGACAAGCACCCGCCGGUCCUCAGCACCCACAGCGUCCACCGGGAGCCGCCCCACCACCCGACGCCCCCCGCGCCGUCCACCGAGCGCACGGUGGUGGCGCACAAGAUCGAGGAGGACCUGCCGAGAGUGGUGACCGCUUUCCUGCACACCGGGGACUCCUCGGCGCUGAGGCAGGUCAACUGCUCCCGGAGGUACGAGCUGAGCAGCCUGCGCGGCGGCCUGCACGUCGCCUCGCACUACUCCCUGCACAGCGUCCUGGACACCGUGGCGCACGCCACCAACUUCCUCAACAUGAUCCUGCAGGCCAACAGGUCCCGGGAGCAGACCCUCCGCAGGGACAUGCACUGGUACCACGCGCUGGUCCAGAGCAUCCUCGAGGGGGACCCCAAAAUCCACAGGGCGGUGGUGAGCCUGCACACGGACGCGCGGACGCCGGGGCCGCACGUCUUCCUCCAGGCGACCAGGACCGAGAGGGAGGUGGUGCUGCAGGACCUGUCCGGCUCCGCGCACCGCCUCCUGCAGGGCAGGACUCCGGAGGCGGACUGGUUCAACGACUUCAGGGACGGCAGGAGACCUCACGCGCACAGGAGCGGCCAGGAUGUACGAGGAUCCACGGGUGGAGGUUACCUUCUGGACAAAAACCAGAUCAAGUGGUCUGCGCCCUACCUGGAGUGCGAGCACGGGGCGUUUGUGCCGCACUGGCUGCUCACUCUGUCCGCGGGGUUCUACGGACUGAAGAGCGACUCCGCACCGGAGUUCAGGGGCGUCGUUCGGGUGGACGUGAACCUGCAGGAUGUCGACAUCGAUCAGUGCUCCAGCAGCGGCUGGUUCGCCGGGACUCAUCGCUGUAAUCUCACCAGUAUGGAGUGCACGCCCAUCGUCGGUCACGGAUUUGUUUUGGACAAGUACAAGUGCCAGUGCCGGAGCGGCUUCUUCCAUCCCAGCCGAGUGGCGCUCAAUGGAUUUAAAAGUAAGGAGCAAGGCUCUCACAGGGACGAGACGUCCGACGCGUCCAGCAAGUGUCUGCCGUGCCGGGAGGGCUGCCCGUUCUGCCGGGACGACACGCCCUGCCUGGCGCGGCGGGACGGCGCCCUGCGGCUGGCCGUCGCCUCCUUCCAGGGCCUGUGCAUGGUGCUGGACCUGGCCGGCAUGCUGGCGGUGUACCGGCUCAGGAGGAACAAGAGCAUCCGGACGUCGGGGCUGGUCCUGCUGGAAGCCAUCCUGUUCGGGGCGUUGCUCCUCUACUUCCCAGUGAUGAUCUUGUACUUCAGCCCCAGCGUGUUCCGAUGCGUCCUCCUGAGGUGGGUUCGCCUCCUGGGCUUCGCCGUCCUGUACGGGACUGUCCUGCUCAAGCUCUACAGGGUCCUGAAGGUGUUCCUGUCCCGCUCGGCCCAGAGGACCCCCUACAUGACCAGCUGGCGGGUCCUGCGGCUGCUGGCCGUCAUCGUGGUGGUGGUGCUGUGGUUCCUGGUGGCCUGGACCUCGGCCGUGUGCCAGAACCCGGAGCCGAGCCGGGGACUGAUCGCGGCGGGGCUCACGCCGGAGGGGCUGCAGUUCAGCAUGUGUCUGCUGGACCGCUGGGACUACAUGACGGCCGUCGCUGAGUUCCUGUUCCUGCUGUGGGGCGUCUACCUGUGCCACGCCGUCCGGAGCAUUCCCUCCGCCUUCCACGAGCCGCGCUACAUGGCCGUGGCCGUCUACAACGAGCUGCUCAUAUCCGCCGUCUUCCACAUCAUCAGGUUCUCCCUGGUUCCCGGUCUUCACCCGGACUGGAUGCUCAUGCUGUUCUUCGCUCACACUCACCUGACGGUGACAGUGACUCUGGGCCUGCUGCUCCUUCCCAAGUUCCUGUCUAAAGGCACCCAGGCCAGAGACGAUAUCGCCACCGAGGCGUACGAGGAGGAGCUGGACAUGGGGAGAUCCGGCUCUUACCUCAACAACAGCAUCACGUCGGCUUGGAGCGAGCACAGUUUGGACCCGGAGGACAUCCGGGAUGAGCUGAAGAAGCUGUACGCCCAGCUGGAAGUCUACAAACGCAAAAAGAUGCUGGCCAACAACCCUCACCUCCAGAAGAAGCGAAACUCCAAGAAGGGCCUGGGCCGCACCCUGAUGAAGCGCAUCACCGAGAUCCCCGAGACCAUGCACAUCCACCGCCAGUGCAGCCGCGAGGACGGCAGCGAGCACGGCAGCAACCGCAGCACCUUGAGGAGGAACCCGUUCGAGCCCAGUCACCACGGGAAACCUCGAGACGACUCCCUGAAGAACAAAGUGAUGGGUUUGAAGAAGUCGCUCAGCUACGACCACGUGUGCGAUCAGGAGGAAGACGCCAGGAGCCAGACCGGCUCGGCCCCGGGAGACAAGACCCCUCCGGUCGGGAGCGUCGGGGAAGCGUCUCUUCUCGGUUCCCUCAUCGGCAGAAAACACACCAAGAAGCAUCCGGAGCCUCCGGCCGCCCCGCCCCGCCUGGAGCCGGCCGAGUCCACCGAGUCGGUGCCGCUCUUCUGGAAGUCGGCCAGCGCUCACAACCUGACGCACGAGAAGAAGCCCGUGCACCUGCGCACCUCCAUCAUGCAGAAGUCCCUCAGCGUGAUCGCCAGCGCCAAGGAGAAGAUGCCGGGUCUGACCGGCAAGACGCAGAGCGUGGAGGACGCCAGCAAGAAGGGCGCCAAGGGGCCGGAGGGCCGGAUGCUGUCGGGCGUGGACGAGACGCCCGAGCAUUUCCCCAAGAUGAUCAUCAGCCAGUCGGUGGAGUACUCCAAGACCCCCAUGAAGAUGGGCAUCAUGAAGCAGCAGGUGAGCGGCAGCCAGCCGUCGAUCUGCUCCGAGACUGGCAGGAACCUGUAUGACCUUUCCGAGGUUUGUCCCUGGGAGACGGAGGAACCUCAGACUCCCUCCGAGACCAAGACCCAGAAGCACGUCUCCAUCGCUCCCGGAGAAACCACGGCCGGAUCCCGCCGAGGAAGCAGCAGCUCUGGAGCGGCCAAGGCCGGCCGCUCCCAGCAGAGGCUGAGAGGAGGCCAGUCGCCUUCCAACAGACGCCGCGCCAAAGACAAAGCGGCGGAGAGGGAGGAGGCGAGAGAAUCACGGAAAGCUCGGCCUCCGAGGUCGCCGCUCCCUCUGAAGCCCGACGUUUGCCCCUGGGAGUUUGAGGAGCAGCCGAUGAUCUCCGUGGGAGGAGAUUCAGAUUCCAUCUCUCCAGACAGAAUCAGGCGCAAGAAAAGCGUCACGCCCACAGACGGGAAGCCCAAAGGCCUCCACUCCGACUACUCCAAGUCCACCGGCAGCCUCCUGCAGCCGCCGUCCCUCAUGGUCGAGAUCUGCCCGUGGGACUACGCCGGCCCGCCUUCGCCCAAGCAGGAGAAGACCUGCAACAGCCCGACGGCGCACAGGAAGAAGCGGAAAGGGUCGUCCUCGUCCAACCACAAGUCCGAGAAGGACAAAGGGAGGGAGAAGAGCAGGGAGAGGCGGAGCUCCUCCAGCAAGCCGCCGUCCGAGAGGCGGCGCGUCAGCCAGUCGUCGGAGUGCGGCGCGCCGGCCUCCGAGCGCCGGAGGAGCUCCGCCAGAGACCCGGAGGCGGCGGAGAACCGGAGGGCGGAGCUGUGCUCCCGGGAGGCCGAGCGCUCACAGCCCGGCUCGGCGCAGACUCGAAAAUCCCCGGAGAAGAAGAAAGACGGCUCUUUGACUCCUAGCUACAAACCCGCCGUCAUGGGCGGGGCCAAGAUGGUGGACGUCUGUCCCUGGGACUUUCAGGAGCAGGACUCCGGGGGGAGGGCGUGAUGACCACUGCGACCAUUGUCACUUUUUUUGUAUUCACCAACUGACGGCACAAAGCAAAUAAUCAGAGCACAGCACUGCAGUGGGUCAGGCGUCUCCUGGCGGUCACCUUGGCGAGAGGAGACUCUUCAUCCUGCUGCCGUUGAUGCAACCCCGAUGUAACCAAACAGCAAACAUCUCUCUGUUACAGAGCAGGCAACGCAACCUCCAAGUCACUGUAAAGGAGGUUUUUUGUCUGCACUUUCGCUUGCACAUUGUCAGAGGUACAUAGUUUGUAUGUUUUAUCACAUCAGAGGAUUAAAAAAAAA